GUGUUGUUUUCAAAAAGUUUGGGUACAUGCUUAUUCCAGGCACGGGUACUUUUGGGCGGGUUCACCUGGUGAAAGAAAAAAUGGCCAAACGUUACUUUGCACUGAAAGUAAUGAGCAUUCCAGAUGUCAUUCGGCUAAAACAAGAGCAGCAUGUGCACAAUGAAAAGUCAGUCUUAAAAGAAGUCAAUCACCCAUUUCUGAUCAGAUUAUUUUGGACUUAUCAUGAUGAACGUUUUUUAUACAUGUUAAUGGAAUAUGUGCCCGGAGGAGAACUUUUCAGUUACCUACGUAACAUGGGACGUUUCAACAAUAGCACAGGACUGUUUUACUCCACAGAAAUUAUUUGUGCAAUAGAAUAUCUUCACUCCAAAGAAAUUGUUUACAGAGACUUGAAACCUGAAAAUAUAUUAUUAGACAAAGAAGGACAUAUCAAGCUUACAGAUUUUGGAUUUGCUAAAAAGUUGGUGGAUAGGACGUGGACUCUCUGUGGCACACCAGAAUACUUAGCACCAGAAGUCAUUCAGAGUAAAGGUCAUGGAAGAGCAGUGGAUUGGUGGGCUCUGGGGAUUCUGAUAUUUGAGAUGUUGUCAGGGUUUCCACCAUUUUUUGAUGACAACCCAUUUGGCAUAUAUCAGAAGAUUCUUGCUGGCAAAAUUGAUUUCCCCAGACAUUUGGACUUAUAUGUAAAAGACCUUAUUAAGAAGCUACUUGUGGUUGACAGGACAAGAAGAUUAGGAAAUAUGAAGAAUGGUGCAGACGAUGUAAAAAGACACCGGUGGUUCAGAUCAAUAGACUGGGAUGCUGUACCUCAGAGAAAACUAAAGCCUCCUAUAGUGCCGAAGGUAUCCAAUGAUGGGGAUACAUCCAAUUUUGAAGCUUAUCCUGAAGAUGACUGGAACAAAACCCCACCUGUACCCCCUAAGGAUCGAGAAAUUUUCAAAAACUUCUGAAUGUGGUAGUCACGCUUUUUCAGAAACUGGAAGAAAAAUUGAAGCGGUCUGAGCAAGUUCGCAAAAAACAACUGAGUAUCUAAAUGAAGGCAAUCUUUGAUGUAGAUGAGUGUUACCACAAUUCUCCAUGAACAUUGGUAGAUUAAAUAUUUACACAAUUCAAGGACAGACAAGACUCUCUUUUUCCUGUGUAGAUUUGGCAUUAGUUUAGUAGAUUAUAAUGCUGAUAGUCUACUCUGUAGUAGAUUCAUUAAAAUUGUAUGUUGCAUAUUUUAAAUAUUAUGGUUUAGUUCCUGCUAUGCCCAGAUCCUUUUUGCAUAGUUAUCUCAUAGACUUAAUUUUAUAAGUUUAUACUAAACUUGUGUAAUUAAAAGCACAAAUUAGUAUAUAUGUAUAUAAUGAAUACAUACAACUAAAGCACAGGAAUGUGCAAAGAUGUAAAUUUUUGUAUUUUGCAGAGUCUAUGAUUUUUAUUUUUCAAAUAAUGUUUUUCAAGAAGUUCUCUGAAGGUAAAAAAUCUUUAAAAGGAUAAAUAAGUUUUUCAUCAACUUAUAUACAUUUUAUAAUUCUUUGUAAAAAUAAAAGUAAUUAUUAAGUUUAAAAAAGAUUUGUACCUAAAAUGUCCAAUGCCUCACAUUUGCAACCAUAGUACUUGAAAGCAGAAAGAAAAGGGGCAGGUUUUAUUCUUCCUUUAAGAAACACCUUAAUGACUUAUUUAUAAAUAUUUGUUCUGUUACGAUGAUGUGAUUUUACACACAAGAAUAUUCAGUUUCUACACACUGUGUAUAAUGGGAUUCCCUUAGAUGUGAAAUCACUGUAAA